UGUCCCCGGGCUAUCUCUCUGAUCAUCCCCUCCUCCCCUCUUGGCUGCUGAUAUCUGCUUGGAGGCCAGACAGGUCUGCUAAAGCUAGGAGGAUCGCCCCUGACCCCAUCCCCCGUGCCGCGGAGCAGAUGCUUUUGCGUCAGGCGCCACGAUGUGGACCAGCUGCCCUACUCUGCGCCUGCUCCUUUGGGUGGCUGUGGUGACUCUCCAAGUGCACAGUCAGCGGAAGAGGGGGCCCAAGGGAAACCCGUCACCAUCAUCCAGGAGAGGAGACCUGCAGGGCUCCACCUGCCUCAUUGAUGUGCUCUUCAUUGUGGACAGCUCAGAGAGCUCCAAGAUCAUCCUCUUUGACCAACAGAAAGAGUUUGUCACUAGUCUCAGUGACAAGAUUUCCCGUUCGCCUCUGGGCUCGUCGCGGGCAUACGACGUCAGGCUGGCGGCUCUGCAGUUCAGCAGCUCUGUCCAAGUGGACCAGCCCUUUGCAUCCUGGAGAGGCCUGCAGAGCUUCCAGCAGAAGGUCGGGUCAAUGAACUUCAUUGGGCAAGGCACCUUCUCCUACUACGCCAUCUCCAAUGCCACGCGCCUGUUUCAGAAAGAGGGCCGCGAUGGUGACGUGAAGGUGGCUGUGCUCAUGACCGACGGCAUCGACCACCCGAAGAAUCCCGAUGUCCACGGCGUUUCGGAGGCAGCCCGGAAUCUGGGCAUCUCAUUUGUCCCCGUUGGCCUUUCCCGGGUGGCCAACAAAGCCAAACUUCGGCUGAUCUCGGGCGAUUCUUCUGGCAAACACAUCCCGCUGCUGAGUGACCCUAACGUUAUUGAGAACGUACAGCACCAACUGGAAACCCUUUUUGAUAAGAAGUGCGUCCAGAAGGCUUGUGAAUGUGAGAAGGGGGAUCCCGGGGAGCCAGGACCUCCUGGCAGCCACGGCUAUCCAGGGAGCAAAGGUGAGCAAGGACCAAAAGGACAGCAGGGUGAUGCCCAGAAAGGAGAGCCUGGAGAGAAAGGCCCCGGGGGAGAUCCUGGGUACAAAGGGGACAAGGGUGAACGAGGAGAAUGUGGCACCCCCGGCAUGAAAGGUGACAAAGGACCCCCAGGCCUCUAUGGACCCAAGGGCCCCCGGGGACCUCAGGGUGUGAGAGGACCACCAGGUGAACCAGGACCCAAAGGCUUUCAAGGCAACAAGGGAGAGCCAGGCCCUGCUGGUCCUUACGGUCCUCCCGGCCCCCCUGGCAUUGGACAGCAGGGACUUAAGGGAGAAAGAGGGCAGGAGGGCCAGCCUGGGGCUCCAGGACCCGUGGGGAUUGGUGAACCAGGACAAGCCGGUCCCCGGGGUCCUGAAGGAGCCCCAGGAGAGAGAGGCGUCCCGGGAGAAGGACUUCCAGGCCCCAAGGGUGAAAAAGGUUCUGAUGGGCCUAUUGGCCCCCAAGGACUACAAGGUCUGUCUAUCAAAGGGGACAAGGGGGAUUUGGGACCUGUGGGACCUCAAGGGCCAAGGGGUGCUCCUGGACUCGGGACUCAAGGUGACCAGGGAAUCCAAGGUCCAAGCGGCCCACCUGGCCCCCAAGGACCCCCAGGCCAGGGCUCUCCUGGUCCCAAGGGAGAAGUGGGCCAGCCUGGCCCCGCCGGGCUUCGGGGAACAGUGGGAAUCGGAGUCGCGGGUCCAAAGGGGGAGCCAGGGUCCGUGGGGCUGCCUGGCCAGCCAGGAUCCCCAGGAGAAGAUGGAGCCGAAGGCAAGAAGGGGGAAGCUGGACUUCCAGGGGUGAGAGGCCCAGAAGGAGCCCCUGGCAAAGGACAGCCUGGCCCGAAGGGUGACGAAGGGAAGAAGGGGAGCAAGGGUAACGCGGGGCAGAAGGGCGUGGCGGGACCUCAGGGUCCGAAGGGCGAGCCUGGCAUCAUGGGGCCCUUUGGCAUGCCUGGGGCAUCGAUUCAAGGACCUCCUGGGCCAAAGGGAGACAGAGGAGAGAUCGGGAGGCCAGGCUUCAAAGGAGAACCGGGAGUUUCCAUCCGAGGCCCCAAGGGUGCCCAAGGUCCUCAAGGCCCGGAAGGGGCUCCAGGCCCCAAGGGCGAUGGCUAUCCUGGAGUGACCGGUCCUCGAGGACUCCCGGGACCCCCUGGACCCAUGGGCUUACGGGGAAUAGGAGACCCUGGAGCAAAGGGAGAACCUGGUGUGAGAGGCCCUCCUGGACCCUCUGGACCUCGGGGCAUAGGAAGCCAGGGACCAAAGGGCUCCCUUGGUCAGAAAGGUUUACCUGGGCCCCCAGGCCCCCCGGGCUAUGGCACACAGGGUGUAAAGGGGGAGCAGGGCCCCCAAGGCCCUCAGGGGCAGAAGGGCACCAUGGGCCUUGGCCUGCCUGGCCAAAAGGGUGAGCCCGGCAGCCAAGGGGACGCAGGGAAGAAAGGAGACAAAGGCGAGAUCGGCGAGCCCGGAGCCCCAGGAAGACAGGGCCUGCCAGGACCCAAAGGGGACCUUGGACUGACUAGAGAAGAAAUUAUCAAACUGAUUAUUGAAAUAUGUGGUUGUGGGGCCAAGUGCAGGGAGAGCCCCCUGGAGCUGGUGUUUGUAAUUGACAGCUCUGAGAGUGUGGGGCCGGAGAACUUCCAGCUCGUCAAAGACUUUGUCAAGAAGCUCAUUGACCGCGUGGCCAUGGAGCACGCUAGUGCCCGCAUGGGCCUCAUCAACUACAGUCACAAGGUGGAGGUGGUGGCCGACCUCAGGCACUUCUCAGGCAAGGACCGCCUCUGGAGCACAGUGGAUGCCAUGCCGUACCUGGGCGAAGGCACCUACACGGCUUCUGCGCUGCACGCGGCCACCGCCAUGUUCCAGUCUGCCAGGCCUUCGGUGAGGAAGGUGGCCUUGGUCAUCACUGAUGGGCAGGCCGACACCCGUGAUGAGAUGAACCUGGAGCAGGUGGUGAGGACGGCCAACGCCUCCAGUGUGGAGGUCUUUGUGGUUGGCGUGCUGAAGGAGAGUGACCCCAACUUUGAGGUCUUCCGUCUGGAAAUGGACCUGAUUGCCACAGACCCUGACAGUGAGCAUGUCUACCGGAUCGAUGACUUCCUAACCCUCCCAGCCCUGGAGGACAAGUUGCUCCAAAAAAUCUGUGAGGACUUUAACUCUUACCUCGACCAAAUUCUGGGCUCCUCGGUUCUUCAUUCUGGAUUUGGGACUAAGCUAAGAGGAACUGUGGCCACCCCCAUGGAGCUGGAGGAGCAGGAGAGCAACGAGUUGCUCAGUCCUCCAGGAGCCCUGGACGAAGGACCCGGACCUUUCCCGUCCCUCAGGAGUGGAGUCCCCACUGUGACGACGCCAAGCAACGCGGCUGUGGAUCCCAGACGGUCAAUCGGCCCCUCGGAUGGUGGCAGGACGCAGGAGGGGGACACCAGCACCCGUCAGCCCGUUUUUGUCACACCCACUGCCAAGACUGCACGUCGAGAUCCCCGGUGCCUGGAGGCCCUGAGACCCGGAGACUGUGGGGAGUAUGUUGUCCGGUGGUAUUAUGAUAAGGAGGUGGACGCGUGUGCCCGCUUCUGGUACAGUGGCUGCGGCGGCACCGGCAACCGGUUCAACAGUGAACAGGAAUGUCGCAAAGCCUGUGUUCAAGGAUGAAGCGCUCUCUGGCUUCUCAGGAGUGGUGAGGAAGCUCGUGGUGAGGACGUCUGGGAGACAGGCCAUCCCCCACACCAGAGGACACUGCGUUCGUCUUCCUUCCUGCACGCCCGCCUGCUCGCUUCCCGAUGUUACCUGCAUGCUGAGUUGAUGCGUGUCUUUCUUGGCACGCGGCUACGAGCUAAAUGCACGUCUGUCUAACCUCCUGAAUAGAGGGUCCUGGUCCCUCCUCCUCCCUCUCCCACCUCUCCCUCCAGCCUGGCGUUCUCUCUGCUUACAGAGCAGGGAGUACUAGCAGUCAGAAUGUGGCCAAGCAGAGACAGUGGGCGGCCACCGAUGGCUGUGGGGUCAAGGGUUUCAUAUUGAGAAGGUUCCCCUUGGUCAAAAAAGCCUAGCUCGGGACAGAUUCUUUCUUAUCUUGGCAGGAAAGAAGCCAAGCUCCGCGUGUGUGUGUGUGUGUGUGUGUGUGUGUGUGUGUGUGUGUGUGUGUGU